AUGUUUCUAGGACUAGAUCUUUCGACUCAACAAUUAAAAGGUGUGACGAUUAACGAAAAGCUGGAUAUUGUCCAAGAGGUGGUAGUAGAUUUUGAGAAAGACUUUCCGUCUUAUAAAACCACAAAGGGUGUUUACAAACAUGGUCAUGAAGUGGUAGCGCCAGUGCCUAUGUGGUUGGAUGCCAUAGAUUUGCUAUGUGCUAGACUUGCAAAGGUAAUGGACGUGAGUGAGAUCCAGGGAAUUUGUGGAGCAGGUCAACAGCAUGCAGGUGUUUUCUGGUUACAGGGAGCUGAACAAGCUCUUGGAUCAUUAGAAACAAGCUCUACAUUGCAAAAUCAACUUGGAAAGUACCUCUAUUCGAGGUCGCCCAAUUGGCAGGAUGCCACAACUUCUCGUGAAUGUCGAGAAAUGGAAGCUGUCGUCGGUGGUGCUGAUACCCUUGCUGAUAUAACAGGUUCCAGAGCGCAUCUCAGAUUCACAGGUCCUCAAAUUAAGCGAUUUCGUCGCUUGCACCCAGAUAUUUAUGAGAAAACUGAACGGAUCGGUCUUGCCUCGAGCUUCCUCAUGUCUGUGUUUUUACAACGCGAGGCUCCUUUGGAAAUUAGCGAUGUUUGCGGUAUGAAUUUAUGGGAUAUCCGAAAUGAACGAUUCGAUACUCGUCUUCUAGAUGAUGUUGCUGGUUCUUUUAAAGGUUCAGAUUUAGCUGAAAAGUUGGGACCCGUUGAAAUGAAUGGUGCAAAGCAUCUCGGUGGUAUUGGAAGUUACUUUGCGAAAAAAUACGGCUUUUCGCCUCAUUGCCAAAUCCUUCCUAUUACCGGCGACAAUCCUGCUACUCUGCUUUCUUUGCCGUUACGUCCAGGAAAAGAUGUUCUUUUGUCGCUUGGUACAAGUACCACCGCCCUUAUGGCCACUUCUAACUAUGUUUGCUCUCCAGAUUAUCAUAUGUUUGGCCAUCCCACCGUAACAAAUGAUUAUAUGGUCAUGCUUUGCUACAAGAAUGGCAGUUUGGCUAGAGAAUAUAUUCGCAAUAGCCUUAAUGAAAAGUAUCAAGUGCACGAUAAGAAUUCUUGGGAUUUGUUCAACAAAUUUACCCUGAAAGAACGAGUGAAAACAGAUUCUCUCCCAGACCAAAAAAUUGGAUUGUACUAUCCUUUACGGGAAAUUAUUCCUGCUGUUGGUCCUGGUGUAUGGCGCUACAACAUCCGCGAUAGCAAGUUGGAACCAGUAACGGAAACAUCAGAAUCAUGGACAAUCCCUGAUGAUGAUGCUCGUGCUAUCGUCGAAAGCCAAUUUUUGGACAUUCGCAACAGAAUCACACCUUUACUUACCAAUGUGUCCCGUCCACAAAGAGUCUAUGUUGUUGGUGGUGCUAGUCGAAAUGAAGCCAUCGUACAAAUGAUCAGUGAAAUUUUGGGUUGUGAUGUUUACCGACUCAAGCAAGGAGCAAGUAAUGCUUGCGCCAUUGGGGGAGCUGUCAAGGCCGCUUAUGCAAUGAACAAGCAAAAACUUAGCUUUGAUGACUUCGUUCUACAAUCUUGGGAUGAAGACGAAAAGGUUGAAUUAGUUAAAAGCAAACCCGAAAAGUCAGUUUACGAUAUAUUUGGACAAUUAUUGCCCUAUCUAGAACAGGCACAGGAUAUUGCUAUUCACCAGACAAUUGAAUAA